AUGACACAAAGAAAAGGAACGAAGACUGUAGAGAAGCAACACAGAUCUUCAAAAAUAACAGAAAGGAAAUAUAUACCGAUGGACACCGAACUACUCGAGAAAGCUGAAACUCUUUUGCUGAAAAGAAGCCAAGACAACAGUUUCAGAGAAGACAUCAAGCGCCUUCAGCAAGGGAAGCAAUUAGAGGGCAGCAGUAAAUUGAAAAGGAUCGACGUAGUACAAGAAGAGGGUCUCCUGCGCCUAACAGGAAGAAUCGACGCGAAACAGGGUGUGACUACAAACGACCCAUCGUGCUCGACAGCAAGAACAAGACAACACAACUCAUCAUAG